CCGGGGAUCUGCAGAGCCAUCAAGACAUCUGAGGACCACAUCAGAGAUGGACAACAAGGUUUGUGUCAGCGUCCUUUUAGCUAUACUAGCCACAGCCUGCGUCUGCAGACCAAUGGCAGAGGUAGAGUCGUCGCGGCACAGCGCUGCUAGAAAGACCCCCGUUUCUGAAAUAAGCAGACGGGACCUCCUGGCAUCUAUGUCCCACGAACAGAAGCAGCUCAUGAGCCAGCUCUUUCCUCAGCUUUUUGCAGAACUCGCCGCUGUCGAAGGUCACCUUCACCCGAUGCAUGAUCGGGACUACGCUGGGUGGAUGGAUUUCGGACGCAGGAGUUCAGAAGAUCCCAUCUCCGAUUCCUAAUACUACUUAGUCCAUCCUUUCGACCCUACCCUCACUUUUGUUCUUAUGUGGGAAUAUUUGUAAGGAUUUCGAUAAGUUAUGAGAAAAAAAGUACCCCUUUCCCUAAUUUAAUUUUCAUUGCUGGUGGACAAUAUAAUUGCCAAACACCUGGGUGUUACAUUUUGCUGAUUCCUAAAUUAAAAAAUUCAUCUAGAAAUUAUCAAUUUAUAUUCUUCCCACUGGUCUACAAUAAAACAUGGUACAUAAAUCUGA